CUGAAGUAGAUGUGAAGAAGAGCGUCCUGCUGCGUUGUGAAAUAUACAGGAAGAAGUGGAGCAAGUCUUCUUUUUUUUUUGUUUGUUUGUUACAUUUACGCAAGAACCGCAAACCUUUUCACUCUGCGGACGUUAAUUAUUUAUUAAUUUUUUUUUGUGGGGAGGGGGACACUUUUCGCACUUUCUAAAUCUUCGCAGAGGAAACAACUGGAGUUAUGAUGUUGAAAGUGGAUGAAGGGGAGCGCUGUUAAACUGACGGCGGUGUAGCGUUGCGCGUUUCCUCCGCCGAGGAGCGCGGAGGAGUGCCGUCCGUCCGCUCGGGUCAUACAUGGAAGAGCAGUAACAGAGCAGCCAGCAUGUCGGAGCAAAGGUCCAGCUUUCUUCACAUCGGAGACAUUGUGUCUCUUUACGCGGAAGGCUCAGUGAAUGGCUUCAUCAGCACUCUGGGGCUUGUCGAUGACAGGUGCGUGGUGCAGCCCGAGGCUGGAAACCUCAGAAAUCCACCUAAGAAAUUCAGAGAUUGCCUCUUUAAGGUGUGUCCCAUGAACAGAUACUCGGCCCAGAAGCAGUUCUGGAAGGCAAAACAAGGAAAACAAGGGAACAGCAACCCUCAAGGGGAGCUUUUUAAAAAGUUAAAGCAUGCUGCAGAACUGGAGCAGAAGCAGAACGAGACGGAGAGCAAGAAGGUGCUCGGAGUCGUCGUCGAGUACAGUAGUGUCAUCCAGCUCCUCCACAUUAAGAGUAAUAAGUACCUGACGGUGAACAAACGUCUGCCUGCACUGCUUGAGAAAAAUGCCAUGAGGGUUUCUUUGGACCCCGCUGGAAACGAGGGAUCCUGGUUCUGCAUCCAGCCCUUCUGGAAGCUCCGGAGCGAAGGAGACAAUGUGGUUGUUGGCGACAAGGUGGUGCUGAUGCCAGUGAGCGCCGGGCAGCCCCUUCAUGCCAGCAACAUCGAGCUUUUAGACAAUCUCGGCUGCAAAGAGGUGAACGCCCUCAACUGUAACACCAGCUGGAAAGUGAACUUGUUCAUGAAGUUCAGCGAGUACAAGGAAGACAUUUUAAAGGGGGGCGAUGUGGUGAGGCUGUUCCAUGCCGAACAGGAGAAGUUUCUGACGGGUGACGAGUACAACAAGCGGCAGCACGUCUUUCUCAGGACCACCCUGCGGCAGUCGGCCACCUCGGCCACCAGCUCCAAGGCCCUCUGGGAGAUCGAGGUUGUGCACCACGACCCCUGCAGGAGUGGAGCAGGUCAGUGGAACAGUCUCUUCCGCUUCAAACACCUGGCCACUGGGAAUUACCUGGCUGCGGAGAAAAACCAUGAAUACACAAACGGUUCUGGGGUGCCCAAAGGAGAGAAUGAGACGGAUGAUACGUACGACAAGAGGAAAAACCAAGCUGCAGAGAAGAUUGCCUACACUCUGGUCUCUAUUCCCGAUGGGGACGACAUCUCCUCUCUGUUUGAGCUGGACGCCACCACCCUGCAGCGGGCCGACUGCCUUGUGCCCAGAAACUCCUAUGUGAGACUUCGCAACGUGUGCACAAACACCUGGGUGACGAGCACCAACAUCGCUAUCGAUACUGAAGAGGAGCGUCCAGUUAUGCUUAAGAUUGGCACCUGUGCCACAAAGGAGGACAAAGAGGCGUUUGCCAUUGUGUCCGUUCCUCUAUCGGAGGUCAGAGAUUUGGACUUUGCCAAUGAUGCCAACCAGGUCUUGGAGUCCACUGUGAAGAAACUUAAGCAUGCCAACAUUACUCAGAAUGAGAGGAGGUUUGUGACGUCGCUGCUGGAGGACCUGAUCUUCUUUGUGUGCAUGGUGCCAAACAACGGACAGGACGUUCUCUCUGUGGUCAUCAACACGCCCAACCGUGAGAGGCAGAAACUCAUGAGGGAGCAGAAAAUCCUCUACCAGAUAUUUGGCAUUCUGAAGGAACCGUUUGAAGGUGGCAAGGAUGGUCCAAUGCUAAGAUUGGAGGAACUGGGAGAUCAGCGCUACUGUCACUUUAAAUACAUGUUUAAACUCUGUUACAGAGUGCUGCGCCACUCCCAACAGGACUAUCGCAAGAACCAGGAAUAUAUAGCCAAAAAGUUCCCCAUCAUGCAGUCUCAGAUGGGCUAUGAGAUUCUGGCUGAGGACACAAUCACUGCCCUGCUGCACAACAACCGCAAGCUGUUGGAAAAACACAUCACAUCCAGAGAGAUUGAGACCUUUGUCAACCUGCUCAGGCGUAAUCGAGAGCCCAGAUUCCUGGAUUACCUGUCUGAUCUCUGUGCAUCCAAUAAGACUGCUAUACCCGUCACACAGGAGCUUAUCAUAAAAUUUGUUCUGAAUGCCGCCAAUGCAGACAUCCUUAUUAAGACCAAGCUAGUCUCAAACUCAGACCACUCCCUGGAUUCCUCUUUGUCCCCAGAUGACGGGGAUGAAGAGGAGGUUUGGCUCUACUGGAUUGACAGCCACAAGGAGCCUCACGGCAAAUCCAUCCGCCACCUGGCCCAGGAUGCUAAGAACAACCAUAAAAACGAUUUAGAGCUCCUUACUUACUACAGGUGUCAGCUGAACCUGUUUGCCAAAAUGUGUCUGGAUCGUCAGUAUUUAGCCAUCAACCAGAUCUCCACCCAGCUGCCCGUGGAUCUGAUCCUGCGCUGCAUGUUUGACGACUGCCUGCCCUACAACCUCAGAGCGUCCUUCUGUCGCCUCAUGCUUCACAUGCAUGUGGACUGCGAACCGCAGGAGGCCGUGGUCCCGGUGCGCUACGCACGUCUCUGGACCGAAAUCCCUUCCAAGAUCUCCAUCAGAGAGUUCGAGUAUGAUUCAAAGGAAAACUCAAGAGAGGACAUGAAGAGGACAUUCAAAAGCACCAUGGAAUUUGUAGAUGACUAUCUGAAAGAUGUGGUCAGCCAGCUUUAUCCGUUUGGGGACGAAGAAAAGAAUGAACUCACGCUAGAGGUGGUGAAUCUGGCCCGACACCUGGUUUACUUUGGUUUCUACAACUUCAGUGAGCUGCUGCGCCUCACACGCACCCUGCUGGCCAUCCUCGACAUUGUCCAGCAACCUUCUGGCUUACAGAGCAAGCUCAACAAGAGCCCCGAGGCCGGAAACAACGUUAUGCGCACAAUCCACGGCGUCGGCGAAAUGAUGACUCAGAUGGUGAUGAGCCGGGGCGUGAUGCACGGCUUGUCGGAGACGUCCCCCUCCCCGCUUAACGGGAAGGGGGCCAUCGCCCCGGACAACGAGGACGUGGUGGUGAUGGACACCAAGCUGAAGAUCAUUGAGAUCCUGCAAUUCAUCCUAAGUGUGAGGCUGGACUACAGGAUCACUUAUUUGUUGUCCAUCUACAAGAAAGAGUUUGGAGAAAAUGCAUUUCCUGACAGCUCCUGCUCGUUCGCUGACUUCCUUCCAAUAGCAUCUUCUGAGCCGGACAUGGAUGAGAUCGCAGCGAAAGCAGAGAGCAUGUUUAUAGGAAGCUCCGAAUUAAGUGUUUUGGAGCUUGACGAUGAAGGUGGACGCACGUUUCUGAGGGUUCUUAUUCAUCUCAUCAUGCAAGAUUAUCCGCCUCUGGUGUCUGGGUCGCUGCAGCUCAUCUUCAAACACUUCAGUCAAAGGGCUGAGAUGUUGCAGGCCUUUAAGCAGGUCCAGCUCCUUGUGUCAGAGCAGGAUGUACACAACUAUACUCAGAUCAAGGAAGACCUUGACAAGCUGCGUCUGAUUGUGGAGAAGUCGGAGCUGUGGGUGGAGAAAAGUGGGAUUUACAAUGACGAGCUGGCGGACGCUGUCCUGAGUCCGGUGCAAGAUUUGGAAAACAAACUUCAGAUGGACAGUACCCAGGAAAACAACUAUGACCUACUGACAAAGAUCCUGGAGCGCUUCAGUAAGAUGUGUGCUGUGAAUAAGAAGAACCGCUUGCAGCUGCAGAGGCUGCUAAAGAACAUGGGAGCCCACACCGUGGUGCUGGACCUCCUGCAGAUCCCCUAUGAAAAGAGCGACGAGAAGAUGAUUGGGAUUAUGAAGAUGGCUCAUACGUUUUUGCAAAACUUCUGCAAAGGAAACCCUGAAAAUCAAGUUCUGCUCCACAAACACCUGAACCUCUUUCUCACUCCUGGGUUACUGGAAGCCGAGACGAUGCGUCACAUCUUCAUGAACAACAACCAGCUGUGCAAUGAGGUCAGCGACCGCGUGGUCCAGCAUUUCGUCCACUGCAUUGAGACGCACGGGCGGCGCGUUCAGUACCUCAGGUUCUUGCAAACCAUCGUGAAGUGUGACCGGAUGUACAUGAAGAAAUGUCAGGACAAAGUCAUGACUGAGCUGGUGAACGCUGGCGAGGACGUGCUGGUCUUCUACAACGACCGGUCGUCGUUCUUGGUGCUGCUGCAGAUGAUGGCCUCUGAGGAGGAGCGGGCAGACGAGAACGGAUCCCUGGCGUACCACAACACGCUGGUGGAUCUGCUGGCUGCCUGCACCGAGGGCAAGAACGUCUACACUGAGCUGAAGUGCAACUCUCUGCUGCCGCUUGAUGACAUUGUUAAAGUGGUUACUGAUGUGAACUGUAUACCAGAGGUUAAAACAUCUUAUGUGAAUUUUGUGAAUCACUGCUAUGUGGACACUGAAGUGGAGAUGAAGGAGAUCUACACGUCCUCUCAUAUCUGGAGGCUAUUUGAAAACUUCCUGGUCGACAUGGACACUAUGUGUAAGACUGGGGAACGCAGCCGCCUAGAUCCUCUAGCCAAGUACGUGACAGAAACAGUGAUGGCCAUCAUCAAGAGUUUCUUCGAAUCCCCUUUCUCUCUGAACCACUCCAUGCUGCAGAAUAACCAGUCUACUUUCAUCAAGCUGCUGCAGUCAGCUUUCAGAAUCUACAGCCUUAAGGGUAUCAAUACGUCUCAGAAGAACAACAUUGAGACUUGUAUCAAGGCGCUGGCUGAUGUGGCUAAGGCCCGUUCCAUACCCAUCCCGGUCGAUCUGGACAGUCAGGUCAACACUCUGUCUCUUAACGUCCACACCAACGCGGUACAGCGAGCAGCGAAAGACUGGAGGACCUCUGCCCGUUCACGGCCUCGCAGAGAGCCUCUGGGAAGCCCGGACUACAAGAACAUCAUUGAGAAACUGCAGGGGGUCGUGUCGGGUUUGGAGGAGCACUUCUGUCCGAAGGUCCAGGCAGAAUUUUCUGUUCUGGUGGAUGUUCUGCGUAGCCCUGAGCUGCUGUUUCCAGAGGGUACGCAGAUACGCUGCAAGAGUGGAGCCUUCAUGUCCAAACUAAUCACACACACCAAGAAGCUUAUGGACCAAGAGGAAAAACUGUGCAUAAAGAUCUUGGAGACCAUCAGAGAGAUGAUGGAGAAGAAGGAAAGUUUCCAGGAAUCUGGAAACGAGCUAAGGAAGAUUCUUCUCGCUCGCUACAUUGGAAAUCAAAAGCUUCCCUCCAAGUCGGAGGGUGGGAGUGGAAGCGGUUCUUCAGGAGGCUUUGUCAAGCAGUCGUCAGGAGGUUCUUCCUCGCUGGACUCUGACAAGCCGGGCAGCAGCAUGGUGGAGAUUCAGUGCCUCCUGGAUAAGGUCGGGGCAACGGAGCUGGUGAUCGACCUCAUAGUCAACACCAAGAACGACCGAGUGUUUGAGGAGAGCAUUUUACUGGGCAUCGCUCUUUUGAAGGGCGGAAACACGCAGAUACAGAACUCCUUCUACAACCAGCUGUACAAACAGAAGAACUCUGAGAAGUUCUUCAAGGUCUUGUACGAUCGCAUGAACACGGCCCAGCAGGACAUCCGCUCCACCGUGUCGGUGAACAUGUUUGAUUUCAGCUGCAGGAAAAGGGAAGAUGACAGCAGCCUCUGCAGCAACAGGUUUAGGAAAGAGAAAGACUCGACCCUUUACAUUAAGGAUGACAUGCGAGGGCAGCUGAAGGAGGCCUCGUCAGCCACGUCAAAGGCCAUCUCCUCCUACAGGAACGAACUGGAUCCUGACCCUGAGUAUUUUGGCCAGACCAGUGAGGCAGCCAGCGCUGAAGAGCCUGAGGAGGAACCUGCGAUGAGCUGGUCGAUCACCAUCAUGAAUCCCGUCCUGCGAUACCUCCAGCUGCUCUGUGAAAACCACAAUUCAGACCUGCAGAACUUCCUCCGCCAUCAGCACAAUAAGACCAACUACAAUCUGGUGUGCGAGACCCUUCAGUUUUUGGACUGCAUUUGUGGGAGCACCACCGGAGGUCUGGGGCUGCUGGGACUUUACAUCAACGAGAACAACGUGGACCUGGUGCGCCAAACCCUAGAGACCAUCACGGAGUACUGCCAAGGGCCCUGCCAUGAAAAUCAGACGUGCAUAGCAAAGCACGAGUCCAAUGGCAUCGACAUUAUCAUAGCGCUGAUUGUGAACUCCAUCAACCCCCUGGGGGAGAAUCACCUGGACCUGGUGCUGGACCUCAAGAACGCCGCUUCCAAGCUCCUGCUGGCCAUCAUGGAGAGCCGCCAUGACAGCGAGAACGCAGAGAAGAUUCUCUACAAGAUGAGGCCCACUGAGCUGGUGGACGUGAUGAAGGAAGCCUACGCUCAGGGCUUGGGGGCUGAGGAGGGCAUGGAAAGCGCCGGGGAUCGGAUCAAAGCCAGAGACGUCGGGCACAACAUUUACAUCCUGGCCCUUCAGCUGGCCAGACACAACAAGAUCUUGCAGCAGUGCCUCCGACCGAGUUUGGCACCCGCCCUGGAUGAGGUGAAGGACGCCGCGCUGUCGUACUACGCCAAGCACACGGCGCAGAUAGAGAUUGUACGCCAUGAUCGCAGCAUGGAGAAGAUCGUGUUUCCGGUGCCGAACAUCUGCGAGUACCUCACCGAGGAGGCAAAGACCUGCGUGUUCACCACCACCGAGAGGGACGACCAGGGCAGCAAGGUGAACGACUUCUUCCAGCAGUUCGACAACCUCUACAACGGCAUGAGGUGGCAGAAGAAGAUCCGCGAGAAUAAGCCUCUCUUCUGGUUCUCGCGACACAUGUCUCUUUGGGGGAGCAUCUCCUUCUACCUGGCCUGUGUGCUCAACCUCACUGUGGCUACUUUUUACCCAUUCGGAGACGAUGGAGAUGAGGGCACCUUGUCCCCGUUCUGGAAUAUCUUACUCUGGGUGGCACUGGGGGUCUCCACCUUCCUUCUUCCUGUCCUGCCCAAGCAGUGGGGCAUCGUGUCCUUCCUCGUCUCUCUGAUUCUCCGAGCCAUUUACACUAUGGGCCUCAAGCCAGCUCUGUUUUUGCUGGGCUCUUUCAAUCUUUUCAACAAGUUAGUGUUCCUUGUAAGUUUUGUGGGCAACCAGGGAACAUUUGUUCGAGGCUACAAAGCAGUUGUGAUGGACUUGGUCUUUGUCUGCCAUUUGAGUUACGCCUUCAUCUGUGUCCUGGGCCUCUUCGUUCACGAGUUCUUCUACAGCAUUUUGCUGAUCGACCUGGUGUUCAGAGAGGAGACGCUGCUGAACGUCAUAAAAAGCGUGACGAGGAAUGGCCGCUCCAUUAUCUUGACGGCGAUUCUUGCCCUAUUCCUCGUCUACUUUUUCUCCAUCAUCGGCUUCAUGUUCUUCAAGAACGACUUCCGGAUGGAGGUGGACCCCUUGCUCGGGAGACCAGAACUGCUGUGCGACGACGAGUCCGCAGGUUCGUCUGCGAAAGACAGCUGCCCUGCGUCGUCGGCUUCCAAAUCCCUUCCCGAUAACGACGAUGGAGUGGAGCGUGUGUGUGAUACUCUGCGCAUGUGCAUAAUCACGGUGUUGAACCAAGGGUUACGCAACGGCGGCGGUGUGGGAGACAUCCUGAGGAGACCAUCCAAAGAGGAGCCUCUCUUUGCGGCCCGAGUCAUUUAUGACCUUCUCUUCUUCUUCAUCGUCAUCAUUAUCGUCCUUAAUCUGAUCUUCGGUGUGAUCAUCGACACGUUUGCCGACCUGAGGAGUGAGAAGCAGAGGAAGGAGGAGAUUCUGAAAACCUCCUGCUUCAUCUGCGGGUUGGAAAGGGACAAAUUUGACAACAAGACCGUGUCGUUUGAGGAGCACAUCAAAUCCGAGCACAACAUGUGGCACUACCUCUACUUCCUGGUGCUGGUGAGGGUGAAGGACCCGACAGAGUACACCGGCCCCGAGAGCUACGUGGCCCAGAUGAUUGCAGAGAAGAACUUGGAUUGGUUCCCUCGCAUGAGAGCCAUGUCUCUGGUGAGCAACGAAGGCGACGGCGAGCAGAACGAGAUCCGAUCCCUGCAGGAGAAACUGGAUCACACCUCCGCUCUGGUAUCGCAGCUCUCCACCCAGCUGUCUGAGCUCAGAGAACAGAUGACGGAGCAGCGGAAGAACAAGCAAAGGCUUGGGUUCCUGAGUCCUCCGCAGCCCAACCAACACUUCCCAACACACUGAGGGGGCGACAGCCGCUCAGCUGCUGCACAUGAAAGCGGAUGAAGCGACACCAACUUUAGCCUCAAGAACAACGUGCCUCCUCAGAUGCGCUCCUGCAAACACUGGAGCCGAACUGCAAGCAGCCAGUUCUGACGCGACGCCCUGGCUGUGAUACAAACACUGCCUUUUUGGGAUACUAAACGUGCCUAAUGCGCUGUAAGACGCAGUCCACAUCUGCCCCUGUAGUAUUAGUGCACCAGGUAAGGGGUCUAAGGAAAUGUCAGAAUCGGGUAAAUGGGUCGGUGAGUCGAUCGGCGGUGCAGAGGUCACUGAUUGGCCUCCGGGGGAAAAAGGGCGCACACUCAAAGUAUUCUCCUCUCUACCCUUUAAGUUUCUUUUGGUAUUUAUGAGGACAUUUUCCAUUCAUAACUGGAGUAUUAUUUUUCUGUUCUGAGAAGAAAUCACGCUGCCUUACUGUUUUUUUACAAACAGCACACUGCAAUGGCUGUAAGUGCACUUUUUAAAAAAAUAAAUAAAUAAAUAAAUAAAGGGAAAAUCUUAUGGUUGUAACUGGAUGUACUGGUUUGCUUGGGAUAUCACGUCGUCGAUCGUUAUCUUUAGUGUUGUGUUCAGAUGUGCAUUCGCUUUACCUCUUCAGUUGCCUUUCACAGAUUUCUAUGGUAUGUGAAUGUGAAUAAAAAUACAGAAAACCUUUGGAAAACUUACUUGAAUUUUCCUAAUGAUCUUUGUUGUAGUGAAUAAUGUAGUGAGGGUGGGUGAUAACGUUGCUUUUUUUCUGUUAGGUCUCUAUAAAUAUGUCAUCUUGUAGUAUAAUAUUUACAUGAUUUGCUCAUUUCUGUUGGAGGGGGUUUAAUAUCUUUGUCACUAUUUUUUUUUUUUGGACUGCAGCUGUUUCUAAGUCAGAACUUGCUUUAAUCUCACACAAACUAACAGCUCAACUGGAGAAAUUUGAUUGUGACUGUCCUGUGACACUUUUUGCUCAAACCCAGCGUACAGAGAAUCUAUUUUAUUUGCUCAGAUGUUCUAAUAAAUUUGUAACAACAGUUGUCUGCUGGGAUGAGUUUGCCCUUUUUAUUCUAGCAGGUUUGGAUGUUUACUUAGACCACCUCUGAGUUCAUUUACUCACACCUGAAAACACAAAAUAAAAGGGAAGAAAUGUGUCCUUGUUUACAAAAAAAAA